AUGUCUCGCUACGCAGCAGCCCACGCCAACCCUCAAGGUCCUGGGGACGCCAGACCUACCGCCUUGCAGAUCAUCCAAGAUGAAGCCGCCGAGAACACACUGCAGGGCAAGGUCAUCGUCAUCACUGGCACCUCGUCUGGAAUCGGAAUCGAAACCGUUCGUGCCCUCUCGGCCACAGGAGCAAAGCUUUUCCUGACCGCCAGAGACCUUACCAAAGCGAAGGCGGCCUUGGUGGACAUUUUCGAGCCCAGUCGCAUGGAGCUCGUCGAGAUGGACCAAAAUUCCCUGGAAAGCGUUCGUGCGGCAGCCUCCCAGAUCUUAUCUAAGACGGACAAAAUCAACAUCUUGGUGAAUAAUGCUGGAAUCAUGGCAAUCCAGACUCUUCAAUUCACAAAGGACGGCCACGAGUUGCAGUUUGGAACCAAUCACCUGUCUCACUUUCUGUUCUUCGAGCUGCUGAAACCAGCGCUCUUAGCAGCCGUGACGCCAGAAUUCCACUCUCGAGUUGUCGUACUUUCCUCUACUGCGCACACGAUGAGCGGCAUCAAUGCCUCGGAUAACUACAACUUCCAAAGUGGUGGAUAUCAUCCAUGGGUUUCGUACGGGCAGUCCAAAACUGCGAACAUCUACAUGGCAAACGAGAUAGAGAGGCGAUACGGAUCCCAAGGCCUCCAUGCCACCAGCCUGCAUCCUGGUGGGAUCGUGACCGGUCUCACGAAGCAUGUUCCAGAAGCCGAAUAUUCGACUCUGGCCGCAAACGAGGACGUGCAGAAGAUAAUGAAGAGCCCCGAGCAGGGCGCUGCAACAACUGUUUGGGCGGCCAUCGGCAAACAGUGGGAGGGAAAGGGGGGGAAAUAUCUGGCCGAUUGCGCAGUAGCAGAACCUGCGAAGGACGGGGAUCCCCCAUUUGGUCCUGGAUACGCCAAACAUGCGUAUGAUCCUGAGAGCGAGGGUCGGCUUUGGGAGGACUCGCUCAAACUUGUUGGGACGUCUUGA